AUGCCGGCUCCCCCGUAUAUACCUACCCUCUACACCCCACUGGCAUCACAUGGAGGGGCGGGCGCAAUGGGGGGGCUUGACCUCAUUGACCUCACGACAGUGGCAACCGCUCCCAAGCAGGAGCAGCCUGCGGUGAGUUCUGACCCCCGAUUGCUCUACCCCUCUGAAGAGAUGAAACGGACAGAGAGGAAGGCGAAAAUAGAUGCCCGACAGAAGCUAACAGAAUUCAAACAGGCACAUGGGUAUAGUGAGUCAAGUGAGGAUGAGACAACACUGUGCCCCAUAAGAGAGGUGCCGCAGUUGGUACCACGGUCCUUUGAUGACCAAGGGCGCCCCACAUUUGAGACUAGGACCUUGUUUCAACACGUUCCUUUUACUUCGUCGGAUAUUUUGAACUGGCGGGCGAACCGUCCAGCCUGGUCAGAAGAUCCGAGAGGUAUGGCGAACUUGGUCGAAGGCAUCAUUCGGACACACAAUCCUAGCUGGGUGGAUUUGAAACAGUUGUUAGAAGCUUUGUUGACGGCAGAAGAACGAGUGUUGUUGACGCAAGUGGGUAGACAGGAAGCGGCGAAGGAGCAUGCAAACUCUCGUAGUAUAGAUGCUGUGGAUGUGUACCAGGAAAGGGUAUUCCCAGUGAGGGAAGACCCGCAUUGGGAACUGAAUGAACCAAAUGGCCCUGGAUUCAGGACAGGUCCGGAUAGACAGUUGGUAGAACAGCAGUUAAAAAUGGCCUUGGAAUUACCUAUGGAGGAAGAGUGGAGAUUAUAUUCUGUAUUGGAAGAAAGAACUGACUGGGAAGCAUUCAAUGUCCCAGAGGUAUGGGCGGAAGAUAACCCUCCGGGGUUGGCAAAGGAUGUUCCACCAGUCAUAAUUGAAUUAAAGCCCUUCGCAAAUCCGGUGGCAAUCCGACAGUAUCGGCUCCCUCGGGAGGCGAUCGUUGGAAUUGCGGCCUAUUUGGAGAGGUUGGAAAGAUAUGGGAUACUGGUUCCUUGCCAGUCUCCAUGGAACACACCCUUGUUGCCAAUCAGAAAACCGGAUGGGUCCUACCGCCCUGUGCAGGAUUUGAGAGCUGUAAAUAAAUUAGUAGUCCCUCUCCACCCGGUAGUUCCAAACCCAUACACACUGCUUAGCCUUAUUCCACCCCAUCACCAAUGGUUUACUGUCCUGGACCUCAAAGAUGCUUUCUUUUGCAUCAGACUGGCCGAAGAGAGCCAGAAGAUUUUUGCCUUUCAAAAGGAGGAUCCUGGGACAGGGGCCAAAGGUCAACUCGUUUGGUCAAGAUUGCCACAGGGGUUCUGUAAUUCCCCGACCAUUUUUGGACAAGCCCUGGCGCAGGACUUGCUGCCAAUGGUCAAAAAUGACAAAGGAUGGACCAUUCUCCAAUAUGUAGACGACAUUCUCCUCUGUGCAGAUAGUCGAGAAGAAUGUUUGGAAGGAACUCAGACCUUGUUGCAGUUCUUGGCAGAAAAAGGUUACAAGGUUUCGAAAAAGAAGGCUCAGUUAGUCCAGCAAGAGGUGAAGUAUUUGGGUUUUCGUUUGGCCAAAGGUGUUCGGAGGCUAGAGGUGGAGCGAAAGGAAGCCAUUUGCUCCAUCCCUACCCCCCGAACUCGCAAGCAGGUCAGAGAAUUCCUGGGAGCAGCAGGGUUUUGUCGUAUAUGGAUUCCGAAUUUCGGACUAUAUGCCAAACCCCUCCAUGAGGCCACGAAAGGGAAGUCAGGAGACCCCUUGGUGUGGGGAACAGAACAGCAGGAUGCAUUUGAGCAAUUGAAGAAAGCCUUGAUGUCUGCCCCAGCUUUGGGGUUGCCUGAUUUGGACAAAACUUUCUACUUGUAUGUAGGAGAACGGAAAGGAGUGGCUGUAGGAGUAUUGACUCAGUUGGUAGGCGAUUGGCCCCGGCCAGUGGCUUAUCUGUCUAAACAACUGGACAAUGUGGCCUGUGGAUGGCCCCCGUGCUUGAGAGCUGUGGCGGCUGCUGCAGUUCUUGUAGAAGAAGCAAACAAGCUGACCUUAGGGCAGCCUGAAUGA